UGUGAAAGUGCGUAAUAGCAAAAGGGGAAUGGUGGAUGGGUGCCAUGUUGCGAGAGCCACAGCGGACAAUGUAUCAAUCGAACGCAUAAUUCAAUCGGCACACUAUACACUGCUUUAAUCUGCCAAGAUGACCUCGCAGGGGGAAAUUAAUUACUGCAACGAUGAGUGUAAGCAAAGGGAAGAGUAGCUGCGGAAAUGCAAAGGUCCAUCGAUUGCGCAGCAUCAACAGAGAUUAGCACACAGUAGUGGCGGUAUAGUUGGAUCAUCAGUGUUCGUUGAAAGAAGAUCAAGUACCGAAUUCACAUCACGUUCUUCUUUGCAUCAUCUAAACGAGCUGCCGGAACACGACGCUAUCGUAUACUGAGCGAUGAUAAGCCCGGCAGAAUACCCGUGAGAGAAAGUGGCACAGUCACCGCCGGUGUCUUAUCACACCGUCAUCGUUUGAUGAUCGUCACGUUGUGGUGCGUUCUGUCCGAGGGCGCUGAAGCGUUCCAUCCAUUAAUCGAAUGCGUUUCCGAUUUUGCGCCACCGAAUGUGUGGCCUCUUAUUUCAAGUACUUUCACAUGUGCCGUUUUUUGCCCUCUUACCGACAAUUGCAACCACUCGAUGGAUGCAACAAUCCCAGGCUUAACCACAAUCUAAGCCCACGGUUAAUGAUGGGGCAGGGCAGUGUGUGUGUGGUGUGGUGACGAAGUAGGACGUUAUCUUCAUCAAGAGAGGAUCAGUUUUCUCGUUUUUUUUAUGGCUUGUGUUUUGUGACAUCUCUUUAGGGCCGCACAGAGAGCGAGAGAAUGCCUUGAAAAGCGUGCUGCAUGGUGUAGUUCUUCAGUCGCAUUGGAGCAGCGAACCGGGACCGAGAUUCUGCGGCUGAAGUUUUAAGAGAAAGUGUGUCGGAGUGUGGACAAAAUAGCAAAACUAAGGGCCAUUAGAAGACUCGAAACAAUGAUAUUUUUCGUCGACAAUUACUCCACCAUGGACGAGGACGAUGAGCUGUAUCUGAGCUACGACUGGUCAUCGGACGCGAUGUCGAUUAAAAGUGCCGGAAGUGACUCAAGCAAAUCGGAUGACAUUGACCAGAACGGCGAGCGGCUCUCGUUGGCGUACGAACGAUUGUCACAGAUCCCGCGCAAAAUCGCCGAGAAGUUCUCCCGCACGACGACGAUCCUCGAUUUGAGCUACAAUGAAAUCAAAGACCUCUCCUUCCUGACACACUUCCGGCAGCUGAACACACUCAUCCUGGACAAGAACGUACAACCGGACGAGCGGACGCUACCGACCCUUCCCAACCUGGAGCUGCUCUGGCUCAACCACUGUGAUAUCGUUAACCUGCAGAACUGGAUCUAUCGCAUCCGCGAAUGCUGCCCCUCGCUCAAGUACCUAUCGCUGAUGGGUAACCCGGGUGCGACCUCCUCCUUCAACGGCAACUCCACGCUCGAACACAACGACUACCGGCUGUUCGUGAUCAGUAUUCUGCCGCAGUUGCGCUACCUGGACGACGCGGAAGUGACCGCCGCCCAGCGUACGCAGGCGAAAAGCUUCAAGCACAGCUACAACCUUAACCAGGGACCGUACAACAUCUUCGAGACGGUAGGGCGUCGUCAGCACCCGGUACUGCUGCCUAGUGGAGCCGAUGCUCCUGCCACAACACCACCCGUAACAGCAACAGCGACGGUUAAGACAACGCCAACGACGACCUCGACGGUAACAUCAACCUCUAAGCAGGUAGCAGCAGCUUCGACGAAGGUGUCCACCGGCACCGCACAGAAGAAACCCCGAAAGCGUCGCAACGGUGCCACACAGUCACAGGGACAUUCGUAAUUACCUUCCCCCACACGUGGUGCAAGGUGUGCUUCCAUUUUUUUUGUAAUAAACAAUUGACCUCAAAGCAUUAUUCGGAUGCUUUGUGCACGAUUACAGCAAAAACAUAAACAACGCCAAACUGUU